GCCACGGCAGGGCCCAGGCUGUGCUGGUGUCAAGGCCUGUGAACCUCGAGUCCUGCUGCAGCCUCAGCAGAGAGUGGAGGCCUAAGGACAUCACAGGAUCGAAUAAGUGGGGAGGGCACGGCACGGCACGGCACGGCACGGCGAGUCUGCCGGGGGUGAGGCUCUCUUUGCUCUGCCGCCAUCGUGCGCAGCAGCCCGGCCGUGUUCCCCCCGCCGGGAUGUGAGCGCUGGGUGGAGUGAGGCGGCCCGCGCCUUAUGCAACCGACCCAGGGAGCGGCCCUCGCCACUUCGCUAACAGCUCUGCGCCGGGAGUCCCGAGGACGGAGGGGAAGGUUGGAAGUGCUGCGUUCGCCCCAACUCCGCCGGUGGGGGCAGCGCUCCCGCCCCUUCUGACCUCGCCUCUCCCCGCGGUGCGUGCCGUCCGCAGGUGCGGGGCUGGCUGCAGCCGGCGGGCGGCUCCGGGCGCGGCCGAGGCUGAGGCGGGUGUUUGCCGGCGAGUUUCCUCUCAGGUUCUGCACCCAGCCGGGUGUCGAGCUGUAACGAAAUGCGUGCCUGGGACGACCUCUCUCCAUUCCCAAUGCUUCUUCCCUCCUGGGUACCGGGCGUUGUGGCCGGGAUUGCCUCCUUGCAUCUCAUCCAGAAACUUCUCUUCCCCUACUUCUGGGCUGACCUGAGGUACUUGCUGAAGGUACUGCUUUAUGGGCUGAGAGUGGAGAGCUACAGGCAGAGAGGGAAGAUUGUCACCGUGCUGGACAAGUUCGUGAAGCUGGCUGAGAAGCAGCCCCACAAGGCAUUCCUCAUCUGUGACGGGAAGGUGCUCUCCUACCAGGAUGUAGACAGGCGCAGUAAUAGGGUAGCGCAGGUCUUCCUUCACCACAGCACUCUGAAGAAGGGUGACACAGUGGCCCUGCUGAUGGGCAACGAGCCUGACUUCAUCCACGUGUGGUUUGGACUGGCCAAGCUGGGAUGUGUGGUAGCUUUCCUCAACUUCAAUGUCCGCAGCAGGUCUCUCCUGCACUGUGUCAGUAGCUGUGAACCCAAGAUACUGAUAGUGGGAGCAGAUUUGCUUGGAACAUUAGAAGAAAUUCUUCCAAAUCUUCAGAAAGACAUCAGUGUUUGGGUAAUGACCAAGGAUUCCACUUCUCCAAGUGUGCAUAGCCUUUUAGACAAAAUGGAGGAUGCAUCUGAAGACCCCGUUCCAGUUAGUCGACGCUCUGCCAGCAACCUCAAGUCAUCUGUUUUAUAUAUAUUUACUUCAGGAACAACAGGUCUUCCAAAGGCAGCAGUCAUCAGUCACAUGCAAAUUCUUAAAGCAGCUGCUGGACUCUGGGCUUUUGGUGCUACUUCAGAAGACAUAAUUUAUAUUACUCUGCCUCUUUACCACAGUGCAGCAUCUCUUCUUGGUAUCGGUGGAUGCAUUGAAUUAGGUGCAACGUGUGUCUUAAGAAAGAAGUUCUCAGCUAGUCAGUUCUGGAGUGACUGCAAAAAGUACAAUGUGACUGUCAUCCAGUACAUUGGAGAACUUUGCCGCUACCUUUGCAGCCAACCAGUGAAGGAUGGAGAGAAAAAUCACAAAGUCAGACUAGCAGUUGGAAAUGGAGUAAGAAAUGAUGUAUGGAGAGAAUUCUUAGACAGAUUUGGUGCUGUUAAGAUCUGUGAGUUUUAUGGUGCUACUGAAGGAAACAUUUGUUUCAUGAACCACACAGGAAAAAUUGGAUCUGUUGGACGCACCAAUUUCUUCUAUAAGAGUUUGAGAAGAAUUAAGGUUGUAACUGAAAACCAGAUUCAGCGUGGAGACACACAACCUCACCUCAGUUAUGUGGACAUGUUUUUUUUUCCAUUUGAUUUAAUCAAGUAUGAUUUCCAGAAAGAUGAACCAAUUAGAAAUAAGCAUGGUUGGUGUGAGAAAGUUAAGAAAGGUGAGGCUGGUCUUCUCAUUUCCCAAGUAAGUGCAAAGAACCCCUUCUUCGGCUAUGCUGGCAAUAAGAGACAUACAGAAAAGAAAUUACUCAGCGAGGUAUUUAAGAAGGGUGAUCUUUAUUUUAAUACUGGAGACCUAAUGGUUCAAGACCAUGAGAAUUUCCUGUAUUUUUGGGACAGGAUUGGAGAUACCUUCAGAUGGAAAGGGGAGAAUGUUGCAACAACGGAAGUUUCUGAUGUCAUUGUAAUGUUGGACUUCAUACAAGAAGCAAAUGUGUAUGGUGUAUCGGUGCCAGAUCAUGAAGGAAAAGCGGGAAUGGUCUCUCUUAUUUUAAAGCAGAAUAGAGCAAUGGACCUGGAGCAAAUGUAUAAGCAAGUGGUGACUUAUCUCCCAGGCUAUGCUUGUCCUCUUUUUCUAAGAGUCCAGGAAACAAUGGAAAUGACUGGAACUUUCAAACAACAAAAAUUUAGAUUAGUGGAAGAAGGUUUUAAUCCAUCUACAAUUACUGAUCCUCUUUAUUUUUUAGAUAAUUCCAAGCAAGCAUAUAUCUUGUUAACCGAAGAAGUAUAUGAGAGGAUCUUAUUUGGUCAAAUCAAACUUUAAUUAACCUGAUGAAAAGCUAUUAAGAGACAGUUUAUAUGAACUACUGUGUGAGAAGCAGUAAAAAUGAUUACUAAAGUUGUUAUCCAUAAUAAUAAUAUCUUAUGUAGUUCAUAUUAACUUUCAAAUAUGUCUUGUAUCUUUCCUCACUUGAUCAUAGUUCACUAAUAAUUUACUACCACUUAAGAUCAAAUACAAGUUAAGAAUCUGUAGAACAAAACUGAAGUCUUUUUAAUCUUAGUUUUGGAAUGUAAGUGCAGAAUCUGAUGGUUUUUCUUAGUGCUAAAGGAACAUGAAUGAUACAUAGUAAAAAGACCAAACAUAGAAAAAUGUAGUGACAGAAGCUGUUAUUAAUUCUAUGCAGACAAAAUAUGCCAGCAACAUAGUUUAAAUAAAUCUAAUAUAUACUUAAGAAUAUGUGUUUUAGAAAAUAUAGACUUGAAAGUAGUUGGAAGAAAAAUCUUACAUGGAGGACCUUUAUAAUGGAACGUAAAACAAAAGGGGAUGAAACAGAAGAAAGCCCUCCAAACAAACCUGAAAUUUAAAAGUUCAUACUAACAUCACUACUGAGCCUGCUAGUCCAUACUCUUUCAUUUGUUAAACUGACUCUUCAGAGUAUCAUAGUAUGAAGACAGACCAAAAUAUUGUGAAAUGUUUGGCAACAGAUCAAAAGUAGACAAUGUCCACACUUAACGGGAAAAAAUCACUCAUAUAGGAUAAGAAGAAUGAUUAAAGUGCUCUAUGUCAUACAUAUUGACUAACAAUAUAAAAAUAUAAGAAAAAUAGAAAAAGAGAUAUAAAAAUAGCCUCUUUACUCUUAGUAAUGUCUGCCAGAGAUUAUUUUUAAAUGGGUAUAAAAUAUUGCAGAUUAAAAAAAAUUUCUUAAUCAUAUAUUCUCAUACACUGCUUUACAAAAUUAAAAAAAGAUUAUUUAAACAAAUUUUGUAUUGUCUCAAUUUAUGAAUGAUUACUUAAAUACUUUUUAAUAGUAUGUUUUAAAUACUUUUUAAUAGUUCGUUUUAAUAGUAUGUUUCAAUAAACUCAAACAGUAAAAAUAAUGGGACAAUGUUGUCCUUUAAUGGAUUGUAAUGCCAGCUUUGAUCAGUGGCCAUAACAGUCAGAAACAUGGAAUUCUGCAAGAGUAAUGCUGCUCAAGAGUAGACAUUAUAAGUCUCUUCUCCAUCAUAACCAUGGCAUGAAAACAGGCUGUUAUAAGUAGGAUGUAACAUAGUUAGAACUUCAACUUUCUUUCUUCUCUGUUAAUAAAAUAAAAACAUUAGAAAUUA